UACCUGUAUACCCAAGUACGGUACCUAUUUCUAACCGAUCCUUUGCUUACAGGAAAAAUCAGGUUAUACUGGUCACGGAAGAUAAUAAAACCAACGAGAGACGUAUCUCGCAAUACUGCCGGCUAGGCGCAGUGUAACACUGGAGAACAGGCACAAGCAAAACACGCCAGGUCACGGUCUGGACGCGGCAGGUUCUGGGCAGGUCUAGCUCUGGUGCGCACACGUGCAGGCCCACGAGCUUAAGGAAUCCCGAUUGUCGUCAUAAUCCUCGAUCGCGUCCGAACUGCUGGCACAGGCUGAGAGCCGUUAUCCUGUUUCGGGGGCUGGCUCGGGGCUGGCAACAAAGGGUGAGAGUGCGUAGUUCGUGAUGAUGUGGGUUUGGAGCGAGAGAGCGCGGAGCAAAACGUCCGUCAUGGCCCUCUGCCCAGGUGCUUCGGGCGCUGGGUCUGCAGGCGUAGCCCAAACCGGCAAACAGGCAGCGGUACUUGGCGCCUUAACAAUUUCGACGGAGCCCGUCAGCACACCGUCAGACAGCGCCGAGGCCCAAUCAGCUGUCAGCACCCGCCUUGCCCCAUGCAGGACCCGCAGCAUAGCGUCGCAUGUGCCACACCGGCCACACUGUGGCUGGGCCACGAUCGCCCUGCCUCGCCUGCCUGUCCUCGCUCUCUCGGCUCUCUCUCUCGCAGUCUCUGCUCGCUGUUGGCUGUCGAGCUGUGUGCAAAUUUCGUUGCCCCCAUCACAGAUUAUCCCUGCCGAUCCUACGUCGUGCCACUUGUUUCGCUUCCCAAAUGACGCAACGCCCAGUAUGGGCAAAUCUCGCAUUUCCGUAAUUCCCAUGGCAUUUCCCAUCUUUGCCAUGCCCGCAUUCCUAUCCGCAUCCGUCCCAAGUCUCCUCUCUGCUUCCCCUUGGUCUGCCCUUAGCACGCUUCCGUGCCAGCUAGCCGACUGACUACGACUGGCUACUCUCGCCUACCCGCAGAUACAAUGUUCGAUCGUGGCGAUAUCCUCAGAUCUCAGCGCUUUCGUAAUUUUCGCAUUCUACUUGUUCGGAAUCGACUCCGGAACUAAGG